AUGCAUGAGACCCACAGACUCUUGCAAGCUGGAUGCCCUCUGUGGAUGAAAGAUGUAUCAUGGAAUGAACCCGAGCAAUGGAGAUGGAUUUCUAGAACAGCAGCAGCAGCAACAGCAGCCUCAGUCCCCCCAGAGACUCUUAGCGGUGAUCCUGUGGUUUCAGCUGGCGCUGUGCUUUGGCCCUGCACAGCUCACCGGUGGAUUCGAUGACCUUCAGGUGUGUGCUGACCCAGGUGUCCCAGAGAAUGGCUUCCGGACCCCCAGUGGAGGAGUUUUUUUUGAAAGCUCUGUAACCCGAUUUCACUGCCAAGACGGAUUCAAGUUGAAGGGCUCUACGAAGAGACUGUGUAUGAAACAUCUUAAUGGAACCCUAGGCUGGAUCCCAAGUGAUAGACCCAUCUGCGUGCAAGAAGACUGCCGUAUCCCCCAAAUUGAAGAUGCUGAGAUUCAUAACAAGACGUAUAGACAUGGAGAUAAGUUAAUGAUCACCUGUCAUGAGGGAUUCAAGAUCCGGUACCCUGACCUGUACAACCUGGUUUCAUUAUGUCGUGAUGAUGGGACAUGGGAUAAUCUGCCCAUCUGUCAAGGCUGUCUGAGACCCCUAGCCUCUUCCAAUGGCUACGUGAACAUCUCCGAGUUCCAGACCUCCUUCCCUGUGGGGACUGUGAUUGCCUACCGCUGCUUCCCUGGAUUUAAACUCGAGGGAUCUGAGUACCUUGAGUGCUUACACAACCUUAUCUGGUCGUCCAGCCCACCCCGGUGCCUUGCUCUGGAAGCCCAAGUUUGUCCACUACCUCCAAUGGUCAGUCACGGAGAUUUCAUCUGCCACCCGCGGCCUUGUGAGCGCUACAACCAUGGGACUGUGGUGGAGUUCUACUGCGAUCCGGGCUACAGCCUCACCAGUGACUACAAGUAUAUCACCUGCCAGUAUGGAGAGUGGUUCCCUUCCUACCAAGUCUACUGCAUCAAAUCAGAGCAAACAUGGCCCAGCACUCACGAAACCCUGCUGACCACGUGGAAGAUUGUGGCAUUCACGGCGACCAGCGUGCUGCUGGUGUUGCUUCUUGUCAUUCUGGCUAGAAUGUUCCAGACCAAGUUCAAGGCUCACUUUCCCCCCAGGGGGCCUCCCAGGAGUUCCAGCAGUGACCCCGACUUCGUGGUGGUGGAUGGAGUGCCCGUCAUGCUCCCAUCCUAUGACGAGGCUGUGAGUGGCGGCUCGAGUGCCUUAGGCCCUGGGUACCUGGCCUCUGUGGGCCAGGGCUGCCCUUUACCUGUGGAUGACCAGAGUCCUCCAGCAUACCCUGGCUCCGGGGACACAGACACAGGACCUGGGGAGUCAGAAACCUGUGACAGCACCUCGGGCUCUUCUGAGCUGCUCCAGAGUUUAUAUUCAACUCCCAUGUGCCAAGGGGGCAGCGGUCCUGUCCCUGACACCCCUGACACAAUUGGAAACACAGCAGGGGAGGUAGCAUCCACCAGCCCGGGCAUCGACAUUGCAGAUGAGAUCCCUCUGAUGGAAGAAGACCCCUAGCCAGUUGACGUCCCAGUAAUUCCACUGUCCCUUUGGGGGAAAGAACCUUGAACCUCGGAGUGAGGCACAGGAAGACAGAGCCUGGGGAAGUGAGGAACGUUUCCCUAAUUCAUCUAUAUGGGGACAGUGAUUCACACCACACAUCUCAAACACCACCAUGAGUCUGACAGCCAGCCACGACAGUACUUUUAAAUGAGACCUGAGGGUUUGUCAUGGCCAGCAGAGAACGAAAGGUAGAGGGGACACCCCUGUGCUGCCCUCAUGAAGGUGUUGAUUGUGUCUCUUGCUACAGAAGGUGGGACAGUUCCACACACAUUCUGACGCAUCCCACAUCCUGUUAACUUCUGUUGUGACUAAUCCCUGCCCCUUUGAAAGCAUGUCACAUUAUGUAAAUUCGCUUCUAAAAUCUGCUUCCAACUCUCUGGAGACUCCAGAUCUGGACAGAUCAGCCUCUGUAGAAAGCCUGUGCUGAACUGCCAGCCACGAGGCAAAUCCUCCUCUAUACCCUUAGCAAAGGGACAGGCUCCUGAGGAGAGGCUCUCAUGUGACCUGCGGUCCUUCUUCUGACGUCUGGACAACUCUGUGCAAAAGGAAAGACAAGCCGAAUCUGCUUUCUGGAAAUUUCUUCAAGCAGAGACACCCCCGCCCCCAUCUCUGUACUGCCCUCUGGAGAUGUAACAUCAGUAUUUGCAUCCAUGGCCUGGCCGUGGAUCCCUGGCGUGGGAUAAACCUGUAACUGUUACAUGGUGAGAACGUGUUCAAAUGCAUCUUGUGGUGGGCCAAGUAAUGGGGGUAACAUUUGGUUUUGGCAUUUUACAAAGACUCCGUUCACUGUUGUCUUUUCAUGCCUUCCUCCGCAAGUCACUGUUCAUGUUGCACCCCCACCACCCAAAACUUAACCAUGCUUUUCUUUUCCAAUACAGAAAUUGUUUCUGUAAACACAUUUUGCUUCCAAAGAAAGUGCGAGUUGGUUUCUUUCACACACCCCACUCUAUUUUGUUCUGCAAAAUCUGGGAGCUUGGCCUCCCAGCCCCAAGCCACCCUGCCCUCUUACUUUGGCCCUGUCUGUCAUCCUGUAUUCCUACUGUGAGGGUUUCAAGGCACCCACUGGGUGUUGUGCCUAAGAAAUCUAUUGGUUUUUGUUUGUUUGUUUGUUUGUUUUUUUAAGGAGUCGAGUCUAUGAAUGUCUCUUCAAAUACAUGUUGGUCUGUGGUGUCAAUUCCUUUCCUCCUCUGGGUUUUAGACAAAUAUGAGCAAAACUCAUCCAUAAAAUCACUGUACUGCUGGAGCAGCAAGGGCCGGAGGCUUGAUCGAGUCCUGUUUUCUCUCAACACAGACUGAUUAAAAAUUUAAAAGAAAAU